GAACAGAUUAAACUGAUUGAAGUGCAAAGCAACAGCCUUCACAAGAUUUCAGUAGAUGUGCAACGGCCCACAGGCUCCUUUAGCAUUGACUUCUUGGGAGGUUUUACAAGCUAUUACGACAACAUCACCAAUGUUGUGGUAAAGCUAGAACCCAGAGAUGGAGCCCAGCAUGCUGUCCUGGCUAAUUGUCAUUUUGACUCAGUGGUGAACUCACCAGGUGCCAGUGAUGAUGCGGUUAGCUGUUCAGUGAUGCUGGAAGUCCUUCGUGUCCUGGCCACAUCUGCAGAAGCCUUACAGCAUGCUGUUAUAUUCCUCUUUAACGGUGCUGAGGAAAAUGUCUUGCAAGCCAGUCAUGGCUUCAUUACUCAGCACCCCUGGGCCAGCUCCAUUCGUGCAUUCAUUAACCUGGAGGCUGCAGGUGUAGGAGGGAAGGAACUUGUAUUCCAGACAGGUCCUGAAAAUCCUUGGUUAGUUCAAGCUUAUGUUUCAGCAGCUAAACACCCUUUUGCUUCUGUGGUGGCUCAGGAGGUUUUUCAGAGUGGAAUCAUUCCCUCAGAUACUGACUUCCGUAUCUACAGGGAUUUUGGGAACAUUCCAGGAAUAGACCUAGCUUUUAUUGAAAAUGGAUACAUUUAUCACACCAAGUAUGACACAGCAGACAGAAUUCUAACAGAUUCCAUUCAGAGAGCAGGUGACAACAUUUUAGCAGUUCUUAAAUAUCUAGCUACGUCUGAUAUGCUGGCUUCUUCCUCUAAGUAUCGACAUGGAAACAUGGUCUUCUUUGAUGUGCUUGGCCUGUUUGUCAUUGCCUACCCCUCUCAUGUUGGCUCAGUAAUAAACUACAUGGUGGUAAUGGCUGUUGUUUUGUAUCUGGGCAAAAAAUUGUUGCAGCCCAAACAUAAGACUGCUAACUACAUGAAGGACUUCUUGUGUGGACUUGGCAUCACUCUGAUUAGCUGGUUCACUAGCCUUGUUACUGUCCUCAUUAUAGCAGUGUUCAUUUCUCUUAUUGGACAGUCUCUCUCAUGGUAUAACCACUUCUACGUCUCCGUUUGUUUGUAUGGAACUGCAGCUAUAGCCAAAAUAAUAUUCAUUCAUACCCUUGCAAAAAGGCUUUAUUAUGUGAAUGCCAGUGACCAGUAUCUGGGAGAAGUAUUUUUUGACAUCUCGCUGUUUGUGCAUUGUGGUUUUCUUGUAACUCUCACUUAUCAAGGACUUUGCACAGCAUUUAUUAGUGCGGUCUGGGUAGCAUUUCCAUUGCUCACAAAGCUUUGCGUGCACAAGGACUUUAUGCAGCAUGGUGCCCAAGGAAAAUUUAUUGCCUUUUACCUUUUGGGGAUGUUCAUUCCAUAUCUUUAUGCAUUGUACCUUAUCUGGGCGGUAUUUGAGAUGUUUACACCUAUCCUUGGGAGAAGUGGUUCAGAAAUCCCACCUGAUGUUGUGCUGGCGUCAAUUAUGGCUGGUUGUACGAUGAUUCUCUCUUCCUAUUUUAUUAAUUUCAUCUACCUUGCCAAAAGCACAAAAAAAACCAUGCUAACUUUAACUUUGGUAUGUACAAUUACAUUCCUCCUUGUUUGCAGUGGAACUUUUUUCCCAUACAGCUCCAAUCCUGCUAAUCCAAAGCCAAAGAGAGUAUUUCUUCAGCAUAUGACUAGAACAUUUCAUGACUUGGAAGGAAACGUAGUUAAACAGGACUCUGGAAUAUGGAUUAAUGGGUUUGAUUAUACUGGAAUGUCUCACAUAACCCCUCACAUUCCCGAGAUCAAUGAUACCAUUCGAGCUCACUGUGAGGAGAAUGCACCCCUUUGUGGUUUCCCUUGGUAUCUUCCAGUGCACUUUCUCAUCAGGAAAAACUGGUAUCUUCCUGCCCCAGGAGUUUCUCCAAGAAAUCCUGCUCAUUUCAGACUUCUUUCCAAAGAAGAGACACCUUGGGAUUCUAUAAAGUUGACCUUUGAAGCAACAGGACCAAGCCAUAUGUCAUUCUACGUUCGAGCCCACAAAGGGUCAACACUUUCUCAGUGGUCUCUUGGCAAUGGCACCCCAGUCACAAGUAAAGGAGGGGACUACUUUGUAUUUUACUCCCAUGGACUCCAGGCCUCUGCAUGGCAGUUCUGGAUAGAAGUGCAGGUCUCAGGAGAACAGCGUGAAGGAAUGCUCACUGUGGCCAUUGCCGCCCACUAUCUGUCUGGGGAAGACAAGCUAUCCUCCCAACUGGAUGCUCUGAAGGAGAAGUUACCAGAUUGGACAUUUCCCUCUGCCUGGAAGGACCAGAUGGCAUACUUAGUGUUUUCUGUAAGCUGA